AUGGAUACCAGCACGUCCAACAACUUCCCCUCUGUCAACGCUGAGCGUCAGGAUGCCCUCGCUUUUGCCUACCAGUAUGGAUUUCCACUCUACGCCUAUGGCCGUUUCACCAAGGCGCACAUUGACACGCCAAACAACGCCUUUUACCACCAGCGUGAUCUAAUCAAGGCCGACUUCACCAAAGUAGUCCGCCCCAACAACGACACCUUGUACUCUUUCAUCUUUUAUGACUUGUCGCAGUCAGAUCUCUGCUUCCAUGUUCCUGAGAUUGUCGAUCGCUACUGGGCUUUCUCCUACUAUGACAUGUACGCGAAUAACUUUGCCAAUGUCGGCAGUCAGACCUUUGACAAGCCUGGAAAGUAUCUGCUAAGCUAUGACCCUGAAAAUCUGCAAUAUGGGGUUCGUAAAGACGGUGCCAAUAGCGAGUAUCUGGGUACCAUCAACUCCCCAACCCCGUAUGGCAUUUUCCUCGCUAGACUCGUUGUCUUCGAUGACGAGGACAAGAAAAUGGUGAAUGGGUUCCAGGAUGCCAUGAAAGUUAUCACCGCGAAGCGCAGUUCUGGUGCUCUCGCUCCAGUCUUUGACAGGAACAUUUUCGUGGAGGUCGCUCAGUCCACAGACGGCCCCGUCUCCGAAGCCGAACAGGUCCUCCGGCUGACGGCAGCAUUGGCGCAAAUCAACCCGUCCGAAGUCGUCCAGGAUCGAUCAUGGAUUGCCACAACUCUCGAAAAGGCUGGCAUCAAGAACGGAAAGUUCAACCAGCCACCCGGCACCUCACUCGAGGACGCCGUUGCGGCUGCAAACAAAUCAGUCCAGGCAACAGUACUCAGUGCUGGGAUGAUGAAGCCCUUGGGUAACGGCUGGACUUUCAGCUCUUCCCUGAUCAGCGGAGACUUUCACUCCUUCUAUUCAGCAAGACAUCUUGUGGCUAUGCGAGGCUACCUCCAGCCAACAGCAGAUCAGUCUAUUUAUCCAUCAUGGUAUCCAAAGUCACAAAGCCCGGACGGUAUCGGCUCGGCCUGCCAUAUCGGUCCGAAACAAGCCAUCUUGUUCAGCUUCUCGGGAAAACCCAGAACGAAUCACUCUGGGUUUUGGAGCCUGACAAUCUACAACAGCGCUCAAUUGCUCGUUGCAAAUCAGCUCGACAGAUACUCCCUGGGCGAUCGUAGUAACCUUGAUUAUCCCGAUGGAACAUCGCUUAGGGAUCGCGCAGACGGCAAAUUUGAGAUCUUGGUGCAGCCUGAUGAUGUCGUGCCGCCUGCCAAGUAUAUAAACAACUGGCUUCCCGCACCUGCUGGAGGUGGUCUCAUCAGCUUUAACCUUCGUGUGUUUGCGCCGGCUGUUGAAAUGGUGGAUGGAACUUAUCAGUAUCCCGAGGUCACAGUUAUUGACGCCAUUACACCAGAACGUCGCAUGAGCACACGCCUAUGA